AUGUGGUGCACAAGUACACAGCGCCUGGCGCUCCUCGCGAGCCUCCUGUGGUUUGUGUCAGGUGUGCAGGCAGCCAUCUCCUUCAACCUCAACAGCGUCGAUUAUCCUGUGUAUGCUAACGAGAAGAUGUCGAUGAAGGAGUAUGCGGUUCUCCCAAGAGGCGGCAACGCAUGCUUGCUGUUGUCACUGGACAACGGACUGGGCGGUGUCGUGCGCUUUGCCUACUCGUCAAACGUGUCGAACGUGCACUGGCGCUCCGAUGUGCUUGUGUCGACCCACAAGCCGAGUGUCUCGCAUCCAUCCGUAGCGAUUCUGGACAAGGUCGACGCUGUCAUCCAAACAAGGCUCUACAGCGUGGAGGAGCUGGAGAAACUGAGCAGGGCGGGUGAGGUGGUGCGUCGCGGCACCGAACGCCAGGGCACUACAAAUGCCAGCGCGGAGGCGGUGCAGCAGUCUUGGAGCACCGCGGUGAGCAUUCGGCCGGCGCAGGACGGCACCGGCCCUGCAGCAAAGUUCAUUGAUGGCAACUAUGCCGUCUGCUUCCACCUCAUUCGCUCCAAGGCGGCAGCACAAAAGCCGUCGUCGAUGCAGUACGAAGAGGUGAAGGUCCAACUUUUCGAGGUAGCCUCCACGCGCCACUCCACCUCCACGUACAUUGCGAGGGUUAAUGACGCCGCCGCGAAGUCGCAGAAUGGUGAUGGGGCGGCGGGGGGUUCCAUGGCAGAGGUGGACGGUGAGUAUGCACAGAUGAUCCGGUCCCUCUUCCGUGCGAGCAGCACCGCCGACCUGCGCAAACUUCUUGACACGGAAGAGCCAGUGUCAUCAGAGGAAGUGGCGAGUCGGCUAGCAGAAAUCAGGGCCCUGCAGAAACAGCUUUUCGGACUCUAUAACAACUUCGAGCACCUGGAGAGUCGCUUCCAGCGCAUGCGUGCCACCGCCGAGACAACGUUCAGCCGAAUUUGGGUUUCCAUGCUCGUCAUCCUGGCGGUCAUGGGCGGCACGGUUUGGUUCACCUUCCACUACACAAAGGGCAUCAUGAUAAAGAAGAAAUUGAUCUAG